AUGGACAAAGUGCGACAGGUUUGCAGCGUCCCCGGCCUUACGGUAGCGGCUCUUGCGCAGUCGCUCCUUGCGAUCAAGCUGUUCCCAAACUACUGCAGCUCAGAAAGCCACCUUCGGACUGUCGCCCUCAUGAUCCUUGCGAACUAUGCAUUCGGCGCCAUUUUCUGGACUUUUCUAUAUCCGAAUUUCCUCAGUCCACUGCGGCACUUGCCAGGGCAAAAGGCCUUGGUGAGCCUCUCUCACCGGUCGCUGAUGGUAACCCAUCGACCAUCGGGUGACCUUUUUCUGGACCUGGUCAAGCAGUACCCAAAUGAGCCACUGCUCAACCUCACGCUCACUCGGAGUCAGGUCCUAGUCACAGAUCCGAAGCUGUUGGCGGAUGUACUCGUUCACAAUUGUUAUGACUUUGCGAAACCAGCAAAGAUUCGCAAAUUCCUGCAUCAUGUCCUGGGCGCCGGCCUCGUCGUUCUGGAAGGCGACCCUCACAAGUUUAUGCGAAAGAACACGAUGCCCGCCUUUGGGUUUCGGCAUAUCAAGGAUCUUUACCCGAUGAUGUAUCAAAAAGCCGAGACACUUGCCAGAGCCUUGCGCUACGAAACGGCGGGAAACACCCAGUCGAUUGAACUAUCGACUUGGGCCAGCAAAGUGACCAUUGACAUCAUCGGGGUAGCUGGCAUGGGCCGUAAGCUGAAUGUUGUCGAAAAGGGCGAAGACCCAUUGCAGACUAUAUACGAGAGCCUCCUAGAGCCAUCGACGGAGAAAUUGCUCUUCUCCAUGUUGUCAUUUGUAUUCGGUCUGCCUGUGGUCAGGUGGAUUCCGUGGAGGAUGAAUGGUAUUUUCGACCAGCUGACAGGAUCUCUGAACGACAUAUGCAUGCCCAUGAUUCGAGAGAAGAGGCAAGCCAUCGAGGAGAAAGGCGACGACCACUUUGACAUUCUGUCGUUGCUCAUCAAGACCAACAACUUCACUGAUGUCGAGCUCAAGGAUCAACUGCUGACAUUCCUGGCUGCUGGUCACGAAACGACCGCCUCGUCUCUGACCUGGGCGUGCUACCUGCUAGCCAAGCAUCCCGAACUUCAAAUGACGCUCCGCACAGAGGUGCAGGCAGCAUUCCCUAGGAAUCCUCUCGACGAUCCCGCCUCUCUCGCAACCACACUCGAGUCUUUGCCUUUCUUGAACGGUGUCAUCCAAGAGACCUUGCGUCUGUAUCCCACUGUGCCGCUCACGCUUCGCGAGGCCCAGAAAGACACAUUUGCGAAUGGCCAAUUUAUUCCAAAGGGUACGACACUCGUGCUAUCCAUGUGGAUGACUAACCGGUCUCCCAAGAUCUGGGGUCCACAAGCUGGAGAAUGCAGGCCCGAGCGUUGGAUCAACGAUGAUGGGAAACCCAACCAGACUGGCGGGACAAGCAGCAAUUACGACUUUUUGACAUUCUUGCACGGUCCAAGGAGCUGUAUUGGACAGGGCUUCGCCAAAGCUGAGAUGAGGUGCUUGCUUGCCAUGAUGGUCUUAUCGUUCGAAUGGCAGCUAGGCAUGAAGGAAGAAGACGUCAUGCCAAGGGGUGUGAUCACAAUCAAGGCCGCCAAAGACCCCGCGAAGAUGCUUGUCUUCCGCAACGGGGAGCUUCCAGGCCAGCCGUGGCUCUGUUACGGCGUCACCGCCAGCCCUGACCAGUCCCUUCGGCGCACCCUAUCAUCCAUUCUCUCCCUUACCAAACCACGACUGACCGUCCUUGUCGUGCUGUCCGCCAUGGCACCCUAUGCAUUGUACCCCGUGCCAGAGAUUCUGGCGCCCAGUAUGACCAACACCCCGAGCUUGAGUCCGCUGACUCUGCUGUUCCUCACGACGGGCACGGCGCUAUGCUCGGCCAGCGCCAACACACUAAACAUGCUUUACGAACCAUUAUCGGAUGCAAAGAUGUCACGCACGAGAAACAGGCCGCUUGUCAGGAACUUGCUUUCCAAGAAAACCGCGGUGCUCUUCGCCCUUGCUGCCGGCGCUACUGGCGUUGCAGCGCUCUAUUUUGGCGUGAACCCUACGGUCUCAGGGUUGGGCCUUGCAAAUAUUGUCCUAUAUGCUGGGAUAUACACACCGCUCAAGGCUGUGACGGCGUUCAAUACCUGGAUUGGAGCCGUCGUUGGAGGAAUCCCGCCGUUGAUGGGCUGGGCGGCAGCCGCCGGUGAGACCGCAACCAAGGAUGGCUCGUGGCGUGAGCUCCUCCUUGCCAGUGAUGGUUCUUCCAUUGGAGGCUGGCUCAUGGCCAGUCUUCUCUUCGCCUGGCAGUUCCCUCAUUUCAUGUCCCUGAGCUGGGGCAUUCGCGAAGAGUACAAGAACGCCGGCCUGCGGAUGCUCGCGUGGACCAAUCCAGCACGCAACGCCCGGGUCGCUUUGCGGUACAGUCUGGUCUUUCCUCCGAUCUGUCUCGCUCUGUGCGCUGCGGGUGUGACGAACUGGGGCUUUGCGGUAACCAGUCUGCCUUUGAACGCGUGGCUGAUUCGCGACGCGGUGCGCAUGUGGCGACAGCAAGGGCAUAAUGGCACCGCACGGGGUCUAUUCUGGGCGAGCGUUUGGCACUUGCCUGGUGUCAUGAUGCUCGCGUUGGUACACAAGAAAGGCAUGUGGACCAGAGCGUGGACGAGCGUAUUCGGCGGAGGGGAUGGCAGUUGGGAAGACGAGGAGCUCGAGGAGAUGAAGAGUAUGACGGCGGAACGAGUGGCGGAGACGGCGCCAGUCGCCAAGAGGUAG